ACAAACUUUUCUGGCGAAAUGGAGGCAUCAGGAAUCAGUCUCGGGCUGCGAAUUUUGGAUGAGCGCAAUAACGAGGUCGUGAGCACCGCCGAGGGAGAAGAGAUCCGGUUAGACGUUGUCCUCAUUGAUCCUGCCGGUGAGCAAAUGGUCCACUUAAGUUUAUACGCAGCUUGUCGGGAUGAGUUUGAGUUUUCUAGACUCGUUAGAUUGAAUAUGGUUGUGUGUUGCAUCUUCGCCUCUCUCAGUGCCUCGGGUCGACCCUUUUUCCCUGCCGUCCUGUCGCCUCUUCUGGCACCGAGACUGGCCUCGAAUUGUCAGACUUGGCUGCUUCCGCCCCGCCCGGUUGCCGGGCUGUGGGGGCUGGGCGGAUCACGGGUGGUUUCGGUUAAUUAUGGGGCCGCAUUUGCGGCACGUCGAGUCGGCAGCGGCAAUCGUGCCCUUCAGUUUGGCCAACGUUACGCCGACUCUCGCCCAAUCGGCUCGAGGCAUGACAUUCGCCGUGGCCUGUCCUGCAGAUCCGGGCCGACGCUAGUUACGUCGUGCCCCGCCCUCGACGCGGCACGCAGCCGUCCCGACCGACGGACCACCUCGGCCUCCACGAGCUCGAAGCACCUGUCCGGAUGCUCCACCUCGUGUCUGGCCAAGCCGGCGAAAACGACCGAAUGGGCGGGAAAACAGCAAAAGCAACAGACUCAGGCGCCAACUUGGCAAAGACAAAAGUGGUCGUCAGCCAGCAUGGCCUCGUGUGAUUAUUGCUUUUCCCAACUAUCCUCGCGUCUGCAUUAUUCUGUGCCGUCGGCCUAUUCUGCACACCUCGCUCCCUUUUUCCCAUCCGCGGCUGACUGGAAGUGCCGCAUAACUGGGCAUUGUUUGACCACCCUAAAGGCCGAGUUUGAGCGCUUUAUUCCCACAAACAUAAAGAUGUCCCAUUCAUGGCUCUUCACCUCGUCGAUUCAACACAAAACCGCACAUCACUACUCACCUCCCGGGGCUGGAAGCACGCUGCCACACAAAGCGACUGACCAUCCAGCAGACACAAUAACGCAACAUAAAGGUGACGACAUUCUUAGCAUCAAAAGAAGCUGGAAAUGUCUGGUAACGUCUAUAUUAUGGGACCCAUUCGCACUCGUGCUUCUAGAAACGCUUGGCCUCAGUAGCCAACUGUUGCUAAGCUGGCUGGUUAUAUGCUACUCUUCCCCCAAAGACCAAGAGUGGGAAGUUAAGCAAGGCAUACUUGUGUCUCAGUGA